CUCGUGCGUCAUGUAGUGAUGUACGCCAAUUUUGUUUACAAACAUUAAAGCAUGCCUAUGUUGGACCCGGUGACUGAUUUCAGCGGAAAAAAGAAAUGGAAGAUAAAAUCUUUAUUCGCGUGCUAAAAGUUAAUUUUUCAGAUCUUCCAGAUUGGUCAAAUCCACAGAUUAAAUAUCAUAAUAUGUCAGAAAUGAACUGCAAUGAAGAUCAACCAGCAUUAAAGAGGAUAGGUACUCGGGUAGAAUGCAAUGACAUUGUUAUUGCACUGUUCAGAGUCCACAGUAACGUAUAUGCCAUACAAGACAAAUGCCCACAUUUAGGUGAGCCCCUACACUUAGGAGAUAUUGAAGAUAUGCCAGGUGAAGGAUUUUGUGUGAGGUGUCCUUGGCACAAAUGGUGUUUUGGCCUAGACUCUGGCAAAGUCAUAUUCCCACCUGGACGGAAAGAGUGUGCAUUAACCUUUCCAGUCAAGGUGGAACCUGAUGGCACUAUUUAUAUUGGAUUUGAGAAGUUUUCUGAUUCCUAUUUUGACACCAAUGGAGAUUUUUAAGAUACAAAUAUUGAAAACUUGAUGGGCAGUAGGGGUUGGGCGGGGGGAGAAAUCCUGCUUAUUCUUUUUGUGGUAUGGAAUAUUUCUGAGACAGCUGAAGUGAUGAAGUUAAAUUACUGAGAUCUUCAUAACAAUGGGGGAACCUGUUGUACCUGAAGCAUUGUAUAACUUUGUGAAAUUUGUUUACUGAAUCUUCCUUAUCCCCAAUAUGAUCCUUUUAGAUCAAUAAUCAUUCACUUUCAUUGUUUUAUUAUUAAACAAGAAAGUACAGAGGACUAUGCAUCUGUCAGAAAAGGAAAAUGUAACGACAGCUUUGAACACUAUAAUAUAUAGAGGCUGCUGUGAAGUUUGGUGUAAUAAGCAAAGCUGCUUUUUUAAGAUAAUUGUUUUAUUGCUGUAAAAGAAUGCUUGGAGAAUCCAGUGUGUUUUGGAGAAAAUCCAUUGAAGUAUAUUGUUUUAUCAGUGAGUUUUAUGUCACAUGAAGGUCAAGGUUGUGAUGUACAUUACAAGAAAGGUCAAGGUUGUGCUGCACUCAAGAAUGUUGAGUCAUGUGUUUGCUGUUGGCUUCAGAUGAUAGACUUUAAUUUGCUGUCAUGUAACUCCAUUUUUUUCCAUCUAAAGAAUUUUAUCACAAUGACCCAUUCCAGUGUUGAAUGGGGGCUUUUAAAGUGAAAGUCAUUUGCUCUUUAGAAAGCAACAUUACAGAUCUUAAACAAUCAUUAUUAACCCUUAUUAGCAAUAUUAUUUUCCCAAACAUAAAGUUUUUCUGUGCUGAAUAUCCAUUCCCACUGAGAACUUGGUGGACAUAUUAUUGAUUCUUGUUGCUCAUAAAAAAACUUAUGUGUUAAUUCUGUGAACCAGAUUUUCCGUUAGAAGAAGGUAUAUAGGUAGCAUGGCAUUUGAGAAUAGUUAGCAGGAAAGGGUUUCACUUUUUAAUUUGUUCAACUUUUUCUGAUAAAGUUUCUUUAAUUAGGGCUGGUGGGGAAGUAUACGAUAGUACUGAAGACAUAAUUGAUCUGAUGUCCUGACAUUCAAUCUAUUUUAUUAAAAUAACAUAAAGCAUGAAGAGCACUUACAACAAAACAUCAUACUUUUCCCUACAUCAAACAUGCCAUUUGAAUCUGCUUAAACUUUUUUAAAUUUGUGGGGUAUUAUUUUCAUUUAAAAGCUAGUCAUCACUUCAAAGAACAGUUUGCUAGUUGCCCUGCUCUUUUGACCGUAAAAUAGGGUUAUAUUGCUUGUAGCCAGUCAAGUGUAUAUGAGGAAUGGUGGCAGGCAUGUGAGUUACUGUUCUUAGACUCAGUGUGGCAUUGUGAUAUAUUUUUUUAACAUUUAAUGGCACAUGUUUACACAUUUAAUUCCAGUAUUACAUGUUUGCAUUUCAAAACGUACAUGGUGCUGUGAAUGUUUUUGUUGCUAAUUUUUAUUUUUCUGUUGAAUUUAACUCAUUUGCAUAAAAUACUGAAUUCUAUGCUUUUGUUUUUUUCUCAGAUUUAUGAACAGUACGCAACACACAUAUCUUUGCAUGUGUAGGGUUAGGAAUACUGGUCCUGUGUUUAGUAUCACAUCGAGCGAUGCAGCUUUUUUUUUUCUAAUAAAAACCAUGACAGGCGGCAGCAAAUUGUAAGGAGUUCACUGGGUAGUCCCAAUAAUCAUCAUCAUCAUCAUCAUUUUUUUUUUACCACCCCUGAAAUGAAGUAGCCAUGUAUAAGUGCAGGGAUGAGGAGGAAGGAAGAUCUGGGAGAACCUUAAUCCAGUGACUGAUUCAAAGUCAAACAUACUAAUCACCAUUUAUGCUGCCUCCUGAGUCAACUUGCCACAAGUACAGAUGUCAGCAGUUCAACGAUUGUAUAUUUUUUGGUCAUCAAAGUACCUAUUUGCUAUUGAGAUUUUUUUAAUCGGAAGUACAAUUUACUAAAAGUUAAAUAUGCAGUGUAUGACUAUUUCUAGUCAUUUACUUCUAAUAACAGAUCAUGUGAGAAUUUUACAAUCUGUGUUGCUCCUGUUUCAAGUACUUAUUGCUUUUUUUUUCUUAUUUGAAAGGAUAUCAAAGACAGUGUCUUAUUUCAUUUUUACUGUUCAAAGUGGUUCAAAGUAUUCUAGUCAAUAAAAGAUGAUUUUCAA